CCGGGGUGGAGCAAGAUGGCGUCUGCUGCGGCUCCGAACGGCAGCGGGAUGGAGGUGGACGGUGCUGUUGGCCCCACAGUGAUGGCUCAGGGGGUCACCGGCAGUGUGGCUGUGGCUCUUCACCCCUUGGUGAUCCUUAAUAUCUCCGACCACUGGAUCCGGAUGAUGUCGCAGGAGGGCCGCCCCGUCCAGGUGAUCGGAGCCCUCAUUGGUAAACAGGAGGGAAGGAACAUCGAGGUGAUGAACUCCUUCGAGCUUCUGUCCCAGAUCAACGAUGACAAGAUCACCAUCAACAAGGAGUAUUACUACACCAAGGAGGAGCAGUUUAAGCAGGUGUUUAAGGACAUGGAGUUCCUGGGCUGGUACACAACAGGCGGCCCCCCGGACCCCUCCGACAUUCACGUCCACAAGCAGGUGUGUGAGAUCAUCGAGUCGCCGCUCUUCCUGAAGCUGAACCCUAUGACGAAGCACACUGAUCUCCCGGUCAGCGUGUACGAGUCAGUGAUAGACAUUGUGAAUGGAGAGGCCACCAUGUUGUUGGCCGAGCUCCCCUACACUCUCGCCACAGAAGAAGCUGAAAGGAUCGGGGUCGACCAUGUUGCUCGUAUGACGGCCACCGGCAGUGGAGAAAACUCUACAGUGGCAGAACAUCUCAUCGCUCAGCACAGCGCCAUCAAGAUGCUGCACAGCAGAGUCCGGCUCAUCCUGGAGUAUGUGAGAGCGGCCGAAGCAGGAGAAGUUCCCUUUAACCACGAAAUCCUGCGCGAGGCCUCGGCGCUGUGUCACUGCCUUCCCGUACUCAGCACAGACAAGUUCAAGACAGAUUUCUACGAUCAAUGUAACGACGUGGGCCUCAUGUCCUACCUGGGCACCAUCACCAAGACCUGCAACACCAUGAACCAGUUCGUCAACAAAUUCAACAUCCUGUACGACCGGCAGGGGAUCGGCCGGCGGAUGAGGGGCCUCUUCUUCUGAGCCCCACCCCCACUCUUCUGGAUUAUAGGACUUUAGCGAUCCGAACUUCGCUCUGUGUUAUGUGAUUAGAAAUAAAAUCUUCCCUCGUGGUCAUGUGA